UUGGCCACCGACCGAGCGAGCGCUAGUUAGGCAAGUGAGCUGCUGCUCAUCAUGAGUCACUAGUCAGUAGUCGCAACGCGCACGCGGUGCGAGCGUGAGGUCGUUGAUGGGCGCGCAGGGAUGAGCGAGAGUGCCCUGACCAUCAGGCGGCUGAGCGGUGGCGGUGCCGGCGGCGGCAAUGCGGGAGAGAGCGCUGGCGCCGACGGCCCCUGGGAAGAAGGAGGCGGCAAUGCGGCGCGGGUCCGGGGCGUCAACGCGGGCAUCAUGGACGAGACGGUGCUGCAGCUGGUGUUCCGGGCGCUCAACUGGGACCCGCAGACGCUGUGCGCGGUGGCGCGGGUGAGCCGGCGCCUGCGCGCCGUGGCGGAGCGGGUGCUGUGGCGGGAGCUCUGCGCCUCGCGGGCGCCGCGGAUGGUGGCGGCGCUGACGGGCGGGGCGGCCGCCUCGGCGCCGGCGGCCGGGCGCAUCGGCGGCGGGUGGCCGGCGCUGGCGAAGCUCCUGCUCUUCUGCUGCGGCGCGGCGGGCGCGGGCGUGCGGGGCCACUUCGUCCCGGUCUCCCGCUUCUCCAAGACGUCCGGGCGGAGCUUCCUGUCGCGCCGCUGCGCGGGGGACCUGCUGUACGUGUCGGACCCCUGCGAGCACGCCGUGGCGGGCGCCAACGACGACGUCGGCGCCUACCGCGGCGUGUUCCGCGGGUUCAUGCGCUCCCGGACGCGGGCGUGCCUGGUGGGCCACCGCACCGCGCUGGAGCCGCGCGUGCGCUGCCCCUACUGCGGCGCGCGCGUCUGGAGCAUGACCGCCGCGGGGCUCGCCCCGCGCAGCGCGUCCCGCAGGCUCGGCGCCCACGAGGACCGCCUCGAGUACUUCGUCUGCGUCAGCGGCCACCUCCACGGCAGCUGCUGGCUCGCGCGCCUCUCCGACAGCGAGGGCGGCGGACCAGGCGGCGCCAGCGACGACGACGACGACGCGUCCGCCGCCGCCAGCGAGGAGGACGACGCCAGCCUCUGACGCCGAUCGAUCGACGGGAGGGACGUGUACAGAGAGUUUUAGUUAGCGUCAGCUUGGCAUUUUCCCCACCUUGCUGUCUUCGAUUCAUCUUGUAAAUGCAGAGGCUCUGGCGUUCUGCACUUGUGCUGUUGGCUAUUGCAAUGCACACCGGUUUGCCUGCUGCCAUCGGAUUCGGAUCA